GAGAGAGAGAGGGUCCCUCCUCUUCCUCUCUCUCUCUCUCUCAGUCUCUCUCUCUUUCCCCUCCUCCUUUUCCCCUGCUGUGCCUGGCCCUCCUCCCUCUCUCUCUGUCUCUCCCUCCCUCCUUCCCUCCCGCGGUCAUGUGUUGCCUUUUUUUUGUUGUUUGCAGUGGAAACAAUUUGGCGGCGUCCUUUGGCGGCGUCGCAGCUCGCUCGGGAGGGGUCUAGACGGAGGACGGAGGGAGGGGAAGGAAAGAGGGGCAGCAGGAAGGUCCCCAAGCCAUCCCCAUGCCCCCUUCCCACCCCCCGGCUCCGGAGGAGGAUACAGUGUUGCCGGCGCCAGGAAGCCGCGAUGCCUCCUCGUUCCUUCCUCGGGGUGAAAAAGUUUGGCGUCAUGGUGGCAAGGAAAGAGGCAGCCACGGCGGGGGAAAUCUAGAGCUCUUCCCCAGGCAGGAGCCUCAGUCUAAAUGGGUCCAGUUAUGCCUCCAAGUAAGAAACCAGAGGGCUCAGGAAUAAGUGUUUCCAGCGGACUGAGCCAGUGUUACCGGGAUGGAGACCUAUCAAAAACGCUUCAGGAUGAUGAGGACUUAGACUUUGCUUUGCCUGCUCUCCGGUCGGAAAAGGGUCCCAUGGAGGAUGAAGAACUAACUAAUUUGAACUGGCUGCACGAAAGCAAGAACUUGCUGAAAAGUUUUGGCGACUCAGUCUUAAGAAGCGUUAGCCCAGUGCAGGACGUUGAUGAUGACACCCCUCCGUCCCCCGCUCACGCUGACAUGCCCUACGAUGCCAAGCAGAAUCCCAACUGCAAACCACCCUAUUCCUUUAGCUGCCUCAUAUUUAUGGCCAUUGAAGACUCUCCAACCAAACGGCUGCCUGUUAAGGAUAUAUACAACUGGAUUUUGGAACACUUCCCUUAUUUUGCAAAUGCCCCUACUGGAUGGAAAAACUCUGUGAGGCACAAUCUGUCAUUGAAUAAGUGUUUUAAGAAGGUGGACAAAGACAGAAGUCAGAGUAUUGGGAAGGGGUCUUUAUGGUGUAUAGACCCAGAAUACAGACAAAAUCUUAUCCAGGCUUUGAAAAAGACUCCCUAUCAUCCAUAUUCACACGUGUUCACCACACCUCCAGCAUCUCCUCAGGCAUAUCAAAGCACAUCAGGUCCACCAAUUUGGCCGGGAAGCACCUUUUUCAAGAGAAAUGGAGCUCUUCUGCAAGAUCCUGACAUUGAUGCUGCCACUGCCAUGAUGCUUUUGAAUACUCCCCCUGAGAUACAAGCAGGUUUUCCUCCAGGAGUGAUACAGAAUGGAGCUCGUAUUUUGAGUAGAGGAAUCUUCCCCGGAGUUAGACCACUGCCAAUAAACCCUAUUGGAAGCAUGGCUGCUGCAGUAAGGAAUGGGAUAGCAAACUGCCGCAUGCGGACAGACAGCGAACCGUCGUGUGGCUCUCCAGUAGUUAGCGGUGAUCCGAAGGAGGACCACAACUAUAGCAGUGCCAAAUCUUCCAACCACAGGAGCACAUCGCCCACUAGUGACUCCAUUUCCUCUUCCUCUGCCGAUGACCAUUAUGAGUUUGCCACGAAAGGCAGCCGGGACAGUAGCGAGGGUAGUGAGGUCAGCUUCCAUAGCCACGAGAGCCAUAGCGAGGCGGAGGAGGAGGACAAAAGACAAAACCGAAAAGAGACCAAGGAUUCUUUAGCUGACAGUGGAUAUGCCUCUCAGCACAAGAAACGGCAGCAUUUGUUGAAGGCAAAAAAAGUACCAAGUGACACACUGCCUCUUAAAAAGAGACGCACAGAGAAACCCCCAGAGAGUGACGACGAGGAAAUGAAAGAAGCAGCUGGGUCACUCCUGCAUUUGGCGGGGAUUCGGUCUUGUUUGAACAACAUCACCAAUCGGACGGCGAAGGGGCAGAAAGAGCAAAAGGACACCACAAAAAAUGAGAACAAAUCCAUUGAUUGAACUUAGAAAACAAUUUCGUUUCAGCACGUCAGGUGAAUUCUAAUGAUUUGUGGCAAUAUCAACAAAUAUAUUCUUUGUUCCUUUUUUUCCUUUUCCCUCUUUCUCUUUUGUGUUUGUUUCUUUGCGGAAACCCUUAAGAUUCUUUUGUUGUUAUUUUUAAAGGAGAUUGAAGCCAUAGAACUCAUACUGAUACUCAACUAAUUUUACAAAAGCUUUUCAUUACAUGAAGACAAAAAGAAAAGAAAGUAAAAGCCAAAAUUUGCCAUUGCUUUCUCCUGCUUUGUCAGAAAUACAUGGCUGAAUAUGCUCUGACAUCACCAGCUUAUGCGAGAGGAACGGAAUUUGGCACUUGAAAAUCGUUUUAAACCUAGAAGAAAUUGGUUAAUUUGGAAAUUGUUCAGGCCAGGCUCUUAAAUUUAUUUUAAGGCCAUAUAAUUGGAUUUAUGCGUAAAUGUGUCUCGAGAUUUGGGGGAAGUCGAAGGCCAAGAUGUCCCCAGAAUCAAAAAUCGUAUCCUGGCCUCUGCUUGCAGUUGUGCCAUAGAAAUCUGGAAAGAGCCACUAUAGACAGCUGCUUGUACAGUAAUGAACUACUAGUACUUCAUGUACUGUAUAUGGCUUAUAAUGUGAAGACUUAAUAGCGUUUAAAUUAUGGAAAACUGAACUAUGUAUGCAAUGAGUUUCAGUGAAAUAAAGAGAAAGGGGUGGAGGGGUAGGGUUUAGUGAUAUUCUUUAAUCAAUUAACUGUCUUCUAUAUUUAAAUUAAAAGAAUGUUUUUUCAAAAGCCAUAAGCCUGAAGAUUGGCACUGCCUGCAAAAAUAUUAUGGGAAAACAAGCUAUGAGUUCUUAACUGCCUGAGUGAAAAGCAAUCAAGUCUAAAGAAAAUUAUGAGUAGAUAUUUAAGGAGGUUCAAAUUGAAGAAAUCUUUUGUAUAGGUCACAAAUAUUUGAUCUCACUAGGGGGAAAACAUGCUACAAAACCUGCCACUAGUAUUAUAUGACUUUUUUCCCAAAAAAUAAAUCCAUGUUGGUUGGGCAAAAAAAUAUAAAGUAAUAUUUCAUAGAGCUCCUUAAUGUGCUCCUCAAAAUGGUGUACCCAGUUAAUGUCAGGAUUCAUCUCUGCAAAAAAUAACAAUAUAUUUCCAGUUGUAACCACUGUAGCAAACUCUGAUCCACAAAUGCAUGGAUUCCUUUUUGGGAGGGGCUUGGGAGUACAAAAUAAAAACCCCUUUUUUAAUUCAAAGAUAACAAAAGUUCUUGUAAGGUAAAUAAUGUAUUUAGCAUGAAGCAUGAAUUAUUUUCAUAUAAAUAUAGAGAAAUAGAGAAAAGGCUAUGCCUCUAAUUUUUAAGCCCUUAGGCUUAGUUUGUUUUUUCGGGUUUUUGUUUUCAUUUUGGAUUUUUUUCCUCUUUUUUUGGAAGCAGGUGUUUUUAAGGUUUAACCUUUUUCAGGGACAAAUACUGACUGUUGGGGAACUUACUCUGCAAUAUUAAAAAAUAAAACUUCAUGCUCGGGUAGGGCUUGGAUGGUUGAAUUUUAUUGCCUUGUCUGCACAUUCAGCCCCCUUCCCCUACUUCUCUGUUUUUCGAAACGUUUGUCCUUUCUUUGUCUUUACAUGUAUUAACAUUACGCAAUAAUUUUGAGGGCAAGGCAAGUAGUGAGUGUGUAUGAUGAAGGCUCCAUGUGGAGACACCGAAUUGUAUGAAGGGCAGGGAGGGAUGAACACAUACAAUUUCGGUCAAGGGGAGACAGUAACUUCACAACUACUCUGCUCGUCCGCCAUGUGGGAACAAGUAAUGAAAGGGCUUUUAUUUAUGUUAAUGGGGUGAAUUUAACAAAAGUAUGCUGAAGAACUGACUCACUGUUUAUAACCCUACCUGUUUUGCAGUGCACGAUCCUAUAAAUGGGUUGAAAGCUUUGCAAUAAGGCCAUAUUUUACUUUAUUUUGCUUUGCUUCUCUUAGGAAACACUGGUAUUGAAGGCCAUAAGCCUGAUGUGACUUUCAGACUCAGUGGCUAAGGGGUUUGGCAUGUGUGCCAUUUGCUUGUGUUAAAGACCCCAUUCCCUCAUCAACCAACCAGGCAUCCUAAAACAAAGACAGGGCGGGUUGCCAUUGGAAGAGUUAAGAAAACAAUUAGAUGUAUGCAAGCAUGGGUCUAUUUUUCUCAAUGGAAAUGGUGGCGAUAGUGAUGUUGUUUUUGAGAGUUGGGAUUUUGCUUGGGAAUGUUUUGAUUGGAAGGAGAAAUGUUGAAAGCAUGUUUGAAAGAAUAUAAUUUAGCAGAUACAAACAUUAUAUUCCAUGGAGUGCAUUCAGAGUGAAUAAGGAAGCUCCUGCUAACAAAUCUGUCAAAUAUGGAGUGUCAAAUGGGACUUCGUCCAUCAGCAAUUGCAACAAAUGGUUUAUGGUUCUAUGAACACAUUUGGCAUGUAGACACAGAUAGGAAGAAUUACAUAUAUUUGUCUUACACACACAGCUAACACUUAUCUCAGAAGGUACAGUAGCAUUUCAUAGAACCAAAUAGAAAAGAAACCAUGUUAAUGAGUCCAACAAGCUUUUUUCUCUGGACAAGAGUGCCAUAUACACAUCCUUGUUCAUAUUGCCAUGGAGGUCGGUUAAGGCCAAGCAAAUCUUAUGAGAUAUGAAAAUAUAUGGCUGCCUUUGAGGGGAAUGAAGACAGUAUGCUGCCACAAGAAUUGUAAAUUAGCACCUGGGAGGUUUCUGAACCCUGAUUAAUUGCCAGUAUUAUUGCACUUAGUAUGUACUGUAGCGUAUACAGAGCACCAGGGGAAUAACAGCAUAAUGCAGCAUGUUGACAUCUAUAUUGUGAUGCAACCCUUUUCUGAACUGCCAGUUGAAUUUGAUCUACAGGAGCUAAAUGAUGGACUUGGCUUUGCUUAAUUUCCAGUUUUUCUCCAAUGACUAGAAAUUUAAGAUCGCAGCUGUGGAUUUAUAAUGCAAUCCUACAUCCUCACUGCCUAUCUUCCAUGAAAUGUACUUGGACACUACUGAUGUCAGAUGGCUCCUUUUCAAGUCAUGUUACAGAGUCAGGUGCCAUUGUACCUGCCUAUUCCUCGUAUGCAACCCCCUUGGAACUAUCCUAUCCCUGUCCCACUGAAAAGGAAGUGGAAGUGUAGAAGCCCCUUUCAUUACUGCCAUUAUAUUCACAAGUCUUCUGCAGGGGAAAAACUUACUGUCAGUUUAGUAUUUCAUACCUUGAAUACAAUUCAUACAGUUCAUACAAUUCAUAUGUCAUUCUAGUCUGCCUUGCUUUCUUGUAACUGGAUGCAAACAUUCAUACAUUUUAUCAAGUGUGAAACUAUAAUAAUCCAAGUAAUUUCAGUAGUUUCUUCUAAAUUGAUCAUAAAUUAUACUAGCACAAAUGCUUUGUGCGGAAUAAUUCUAUUUCAUUUAGGUUUUUUUUACUGUAGUGCUUUAUGUUAUUACUCUUUCUCCCCCCCCCCCCCAAGGGAACUUCCCACAAAAUAAUUUAAAAAUACAAAUGGGUUGUACAUUUUGGAAAAAAAUCCUUAGAAAAUAUAUACGUAUCAAGACAUCUGUUAUAUAUAUAUAUAUAUAUUUAUUUCAUGCCACUUCAUGGAAAAAAAAUAUUUUUUUAAGGACACCAAUUUAUGCAAGUUAGUUCCACCAUUAUCCCUGUGCCUAAAUUGAGGAUUAAAAUAUUUUAAACAUACAGGCUUUUUGCAGGUGAUAUAGAGCCAGAUGUUUGAUUCCAAGUUCACAUUAUAUUUGCACAUGUAUUUCAUCUUGCAUUUCAUUGCAGGGAUUGUGAUUUUAUGAGUGAGAGAACUGCUCUGUUGUUGAUGCCACAAAAGCUUAGGUGAAUACAUAAUUCUUAACUAUGUUGUAUUCACACAAGUGAUGGGGAACCAAUUCAAGUGGCACACCAGAUUUCCCCCUCCUCCCAACAUCCGUAUGAACCAAAUACCAAUUUGUGUAUGUUCCUUCACAUUAUAGACAUCUCCAAUGAAACACUCACCAAGUCCCAUUUUCAUUAUCCCCUUGCCAUUCCAAUUUAGUGGGGUUUGAGACACAGGACCUCAAUGAAAAUUAAGGGAAAAGUUAAAAUACUUUUUUUAACCUGAGAAAACACUUAUCUAGGAAUAUCUUGGUCCUCCUGGACGACUAUCACCAACUUCCAUCAGAAGUUUAUCAUAGAGUCAACCUAGAGAUUCUUAGAAAAUUGUUCUCUCUAGGAAUCUCUACCUUCUCUAGUAUGACUUUGUGAUCAAUUUCUGGUGAAAGUUUGCCAUAGAGAUGCUUCGGUAGACCUAGAAAUUCCUGGAGGGAAUCUAUUAAUCUGUGAAAAACGAAGAUGUUAAACUCACCAAUAAUAAAUGGUAUAAAUCCAAUUGCUAAUCUCAGUUAGAUUAGACCAGGCAUGAGCAAACUUUGGCUCUCCAGGUGUUUUGGAUGUCAACUCUCACAAUUUCUAACAGCCAAUUGUGGGAGUUGAAGUCCAAAACAGCUGGAGGGCUGAGGUUUGUCCAUGGCUGGAUCAGACCCACUGAAUCAAUUACUGAAUAGUAAUUGAACAAUUAUGUACUCUACUCAUUUAUUCAAUCAACUCUAGUUGGGACUAGCAUUUUGAUUUAGGUAAUAAUAAUUCCAGCAUUAUGUUCCAUGGUGCUACAUUUCUUUGCCUUGAUGCCAAGCUGAAAUUAAACCAGUUGAGUCUCUUUAUGGACUUCUGCUGCACUGAUGCUGUAGGACUCAUUCAGUCUUUGUUGAGUGGUGUUCUCUGUACUUCUCUGCCACUGCCAUUUUCAAAACACUGGGGGGUGAAUUCAGUUUUCUGCAUUCCUUCCCACAAAGGGCCAUGUAUACACUGAGAUUUCUGGAUUGGGCUGAUGUGAGCACAUUCUGCUACUACUCCUUUGUUUGAUAGAGGAGAGAGAACCUUAAACUGUACAGAAUGACAGCACUGGCAGGUGAACUGUAGAUGAGCAGUUUACACUUGGAGGUAGUUGUUUCCUCACUCCUUCUGGCUAUCUGCCGUGAAUUGGAGAACAGCAAAGUGAUUUGGAAGCCAAAUAACUUACUGUGUGAAAUGCUACUGUGCUCCUCCUUUACACAAUUAUUAGAUUACCAGGCUGUGAAUAACUUUUAAAAGUUAUUGAGGUUAAUAAAUAUAUUUUUGCAUAUAAAACAGUUGAUUUCAAUAAGAUAAUUAACCAGGUGAGACUCACUUGGCCACUGAAUAAGUCAUUUCUAAGUUUAUUUUUAAGUAUUCUUCUGUUUCCAGAUCCAGACCCAUUCAUCCUCUUGGUGGAGUAGUAGUUAAGUGUGUGGAUUUUUUUAUAUAUAUAUAUUAAAACCUUUCCCUGGAAUUUGUAAACACUGUUAUGCACAUAAAUGCAGCACUGUGAUCUAAUUUAAAUAACUUUAUUGUUUAUAUGAAUAUAUGUAACAUACAUUAAUACUUCGCUACAGCGAUAUCCUUCCACCAACCUUAGGCCAUCUCCUUGCUUUCUACUGUAGAGAAUAAAAGGCUGUUGUGAACAACACCUUUUUGGGUUUUUUUCCCUAUAAAUCAAUUUAUUGUUUUGAUUGUGUUUUUUAAAGUUGGAUUUUAUAAGUAUCUACGAAAUAUUCUGUGCCACUGUCUAUACAAACCUUACUCUUGUUCCUAUUAAAACCCUCCCCUCCCCAUUACUUUCAUUCUUGGUGGGAGUAGGAUAUCCUUAUUGAUACUAUCUUAAAGCACAGAAUCAUCCCUGCAGUUGCUUUAUAAUGGUAGUUCUAUCAGCGCAGUCCUUCAACAGCUCAACAAUUUGCUUUACCAGACCCAACUCCCAUGCCUCACCCUCAUUUUUUGAAAUAAUGUACGGUCUAUGGUGCUGUGUUUUGUUGGUUUACAAUUCAAAUUACAAAAUAAAAAUUCAGUGCAGGCUUCUUCAUGAAUCGUUUGAAGCCACCUUCUCUUCCUCCACCACCACUUCUUCUUCGCCACUGUUCUCUGAUCUAAAAUAAAAUUUAUUUUCACUGUACUGUAUAGCAAAGGAGUACAGGGGAGAAAAUGUUUUCUUGCAAUUCUGAUAAAACCAGUGUAACAAUAAGAAUCCCACCACAAAGACAGUAUCCAAAACGCAGAAUUAUAGCCGUUUAACACAUUCAUUGUUAUGGCUCAGUGCUAUGCAGUUCUGAGAUUUGUAGUUUUGUGAGUUAUUUACCUUUCUCUAUCAGAGAACUCUGGUGCCACAACAAAAUACAAAUCCUAGGAUUCCAUAGGAUGGAGCCUUGGCAGUGAAUAAUGCUGUUAAACUGCUAUAAUUCUAAAGUGUGGCUGGUCUGCAAAGUCUUCAGUCUAAAGCAGUGGUUCCCAACCUUUGGGCCUCCAGGUGUUCUGGACUUCAGCUCCCACAGUUCCUAAUAGCUGGUAAAGUGGCUGGGAUUUCUGGGAGUUGUAGGCCCACACUCCUGGGGACCCACAAGUUGAGAACCACUGAUCUAAAGGGACACAAACAAAAGAAUUUAACAAUUUUAUAAUUAAAAUUUAAGGUCACUUUCAAUAUUUUUUUGUGGAGUGGGAGGAGCUGAAUCCAGCUGCUUCCCCCACCCAGACAGCAAAUUUGUAAAAAUCUAAAUUUGUAAUAACAUAGCACAAACUUGUGGUCUUUGCUAUUGAACAGGGAAAAUGAAUUGUGGAUUUAUUUGCAUACCUUCCCACUGAACUUAGGAUCUGCAUGUCAUUUAUAUUACUCUUUACCAAUACCUUCUACAAACUCAUUGCUCCAUAUCAAGAUAAUAAAUAAUAUAUCUGGUAUAUCCUAGAUCUUGGGACUUUUGUGACUUUGGGUUGAAAUCUGGAUCCCUUCCCUGUGCGAACCAGUUCCUGUUAAGAAUGAAAAUUUCAUGCAUUUUUAAUAUUCAUUUAUGACCUGCUUCCCCCGACUCCAAGCUUAUUUGUGGGGUGGAAUUGUAUCUGGUUGCACCUCUGUAUUAUACACACUCACUACUUCACUCUGCCUUGGUGUCAAAUGUUGGAAUGGAGAGGGGUAGGGAAUUAUUUCUAUGUGUAUGAAAAGCAUUAUGAACUUGUACAUUUUUAUACUCUUCUGUAAUAUUUUUGAAAUAUUUUUGUUCUGCAGAAAAAGUGAUGAAGCAAUCAAAAGACCAAUAAGUACAAUAUCAAUGCUUUAGAGGUCGUGAGACCUUCACUGGCCAAUAGGUUAAUUUAGUACAGCAAUAAGCCAUUUUUCCUUUUCUUUUUUUUUCUUCUGUUUUUAGUUUUUAAUUCUUUUUCUAAAAAAGCUGUACUACGUGUAUGGAACUGCCAGUUUCAUUAACAUACAAUGAGAACUGUGACGGGGCAUAAACAGUGAUAUUAAGUUGUAUUUGUGUUUACCUAAAUAAGCAGUAAAAAGGCAAGUGCAAUCAGCCAGAAAUAUGAAAAAAAAGUUGAUCUAGAGGCAUACUUGCAUUUUGCGUUUUCUUGAUGUGUAAUCAUAUUGCCAAAGACAAACUCUUUCAUCAGUUAUUAUUGUAAAUAACACUUUCCCAAAACCUACCAUAAAGUUUCUGUGAUGUAUUGUCUUCCAGUUGCAAUAAAAAUUACUGAGUUGCAUCAAUUGAAUAAUUGCA